AAAAUGGCCUUAUUCUAACAGAACGCAGCUGACGAGAAGGGAUCCUUUUGGAGGCAGCUAUCAUCUCAGAUUCAUUCAAAGAGACAACAGAAGGAUGACCUAUCACCCAAAAUGUCACUCGAGAUUACAUCUGACAGGCUGUCUGAAUUACAAACAAGCGGUAUUAGGUGACAAGUCUUUUCUCAAAAUUUUGUCUGAAGCGAUGACAUAUAUCUCCCCUUUGUUGCUCAAAGUCCUCCCUGCUGAUCAUCCAUUAUAGCUGGCUUGCAUUAAAUGGGUGUCUCAAGGACAGUCAAUGACCAUUGCCUUGGGAGGCCUUUUGGUAAUGGCUUUGAGUACAAAGGCCAGAUCAGACCCCGCUGUCUGUCACCUGAGAAGACGCUUCGCGCUGGGCGUUGUCUGAGGCAGCGUUUAUGUUGGACGAGUCUACAUUGUAGCCUCCACCAGGAGGGCAUUGAAACAACCCCAUCAUAGCUUAGAUAAGCCAAAUACUAAACAAGAAAGUCAUCCAGCACGGGCAAAACCAUUGGGUUUGUCGAGUAUGCCGGUCCCACCAGGACCAUGUUCUCGACCACUCUGUGCAAUUCACUGGCUCCUUUAUCUCGCUUCGGUAGAGCAUACAACCUCAGCUGCUAAAAAACUAAAGGUAUCCAUCACCCACAAUGUACAACCGCAAGCACUGUUCUUAGCCCAGUGUUGUAUGCUGGACUAUAGUUAUCCAUCCAUACAUGCCUUGGCCCCGUUCCUCCAAUCCCACUCAAAAUAUCUGACCCAUCCUAUAUCAAAAUGUGGCGGAGUCAUGAAUCUCUGUUGCCUGUUGUACUUGCAUUACGAAUACUUAUGAGCUUUUGGAAAGCUCGCGCAACUUCCACACGCACAUACUGGCCCCUGGUAAUUUGACUCCGCCCCACUAUUAAUCACGCUGGAAGAGGGCUGUGUCAUCCGGCCGAUGCACGUCUCGUGCAUCACUAGCGUCUGUCUCCACAGAUCUGCAUUGUGCAGCUGAAGACUGAUGUCAUUGAGUAUGUUCCAGAAGAAUUUGUUUAGAGGCCGAGUAAGGUGCAGCAGAAAUAAGGCGCGAGCCUGGUAGGGGUUAGGAAUUUAGAGGCCCACAAAUAAGUUAUGUCAGCUUGAGCUUCGAAGCUGAAAUAUGCUGUUGUCAAAAGGUGCUUGAUCGUUUUUGGCCAAGGACAGUUCCAUUUUGUUGAUCGUAUCAAAGGCAAAAGUGCUUCGUCGGCUGGAUAGGACAGGGGGAGGUAAAUUCUAGUAGUAUGGAUGUUCAUGUGGAUUCGAGAUUUUGUUUGGACAUAUUGUGCGGAGUAUUUAUCCCCGGGUUCAUGGGCGAAG